CGCGCUGGGGGGAGGCGGCUUGUGCCCUCCACUAUCCCAUGUGACGCUCCUCAGUCGUUCCCAGGCGGUCACAUCCGACGAGACUAUGGAUCAGAAGUUUGGGUUGUUCUUCCUCCUGGCAUCGGGCCUCCUCGUCCUCCUCAGCUUGUCCUCCGUCUCUCGGGCCGAGGGCGCCAUGGAGGACGACGUUCUGGGCGACUACGUGGACGUGGAGGACGAGCUGGAGCUGAGUCUCCCCGGAGCGGAGGAGGGGGAGCUGGAGGGGGAGCAGGAGGAGGCGCCCCCCAUCCCCAAGGCCCCGCCGAUACCCAAGGUGACCUACAAGGCUCCGGAGCCCAUGGGGGAACACUUCAUCGCAGAGUCCUUCGACCGCGGGACGCUGGACGGGUGGGUUCUGUCCAUCGCCAAAAAGGAAGACGCUGACGAAGACAUCGCCAAGUACGACGGUAAAUGGGCGGUGGAGGACAUGAAGGACAGCAAGCUCCCCGGAGAUAAAGGUCUGGUCCUGAAGUCUCGGGCCAAACAUCACGCCAUCUCGGCUCAGCUGCUGCGAACUUUCACCUUCGACACCAAGCCGCUCAUCGUCCAGUACGAGGUGAACUUCCAGAACGGCAUCGACUGCGGCGGCGCCUACGUGAAGCUGCUGUCUCAGACCGCCGACCUCGACCUGGACCAGUUCGUGGACAAGACUCCGUACACCAUCAUGUUCGGACCUGAUAAAUGUGGAGAAGAAUACAAACUUCACUUCAUCUUCAGACACAAGAACCCCAAAACAGGAGAGUACGAAGAAAAACACGCCAAGAAACCCGACUCUGACCUGAGGACGUACUACACCGACAAGAAGACUCACCUGUACACACUGGUGUUGAACCCUGACAACACCUUCGAGGUGCUGGUGGACCAGACGCAGGUGAACAGCGGCAGCCUCCUGACCGACAUGUCGCCCGCCAUCAACCCGGCCGCCGAGAUCGAGGACCCCGAGGACCAGAAGCCCGAGGACUGGGACGAGAGGCCCAAGAUCCAGGACCCGGCCGCCGCCAAGCCCGAGGACUGGGACGAGGACGCCCCCUCUCAGGUUCCAGAUGAAGACGCGGUGAAACCCGACGGCUGGCUGGACGAGGAGCCCGAGUACAUCGGAGACCCCGAAGCCCUGAAGCCAGAAGACUGGGACCAGGACAUGGACGGCGAGUGGGAGGCCCCCCAGGUGCCCAACCCGCUCUGCGAGAGCGCCCCCGGCUGCGGCUCCUGGAAGCGCCCCGUCGUCGACAACCCCAACCACAAGGGCAAGUGGAAGCCGGCCAUGAUCGACAACCCCAACUACCAGGGCGUCUGGAAGCCGAGGAAGAUCUCCAACCCGGCGUUCUUCGAGGACCUGCAGCCGUUCCGCAUGACGCCGUUCAGCGCCGUGGGGCUGGAGCUCUGGUCCAUGACCGCCGACAUCUUCUUCGACAACUUCUUCAUCACCGACGACCGCGCCACCGCCGACCGCUGGGCCGCCGACGGCUGGGGCCUGAAGAAGGCCGCCGAGGGCGCCGCCGACCCCGGUUUGGCGACUCAGAUGUUGAGCGCCGCUGAGGAGCGCCCGUGGCUCUGGGUCGUCUACGUGCUCACCGUGGCUCUGCCGCUCGUCCUCAUCAUCGUCUUCUGCUGCACCGGCAAGAGGUCGUCAGCAUCAGGUCAGGGUCAGUUGAGUCUCACCAGCUUACAGGAAGAGUUUAACGAAGCUGGACCCCCGAGCCGACCCGCCUCCUCAGGCCUGAAGAAGAGCCCGGAGACGCCGGCAGCCGAGUACAAGAAGACCGACGAAGCUCAGCCCGACGUGAAGGAGCCUGAGGCUGAGGAGCCUGAGGCUAAGGAGGCUAAGGAGGCUGAGGAGCCUGAGGCUAAGGAGGCUAAGGAGGCUGAGGAGCCUGAGGCGCCUGAGGCUAAGGAGGCUAAGGAGCCUGAGGAGGAGGAGGCUGAGGAGGAGGCUGAGGAGGAGGCUGAGGAGGAGGCUGAGGAGGAGGCUGAGAAGAGCAGUCCAGCUGCAGAGAAGAGCGACGCAGACGAGAGUCCUGCAGAGAACGAGGAGGAGGCGGAGAAGGAGAAGGAGGCGACGGGCGACGAGAAGUCGUCUGCAGAGGACGACAUUCUGAGGAGAUCUCCCAGGAACAGGAAGGUCAGAAAGGACUGAUAUCUCUGACUCCACAGCCCUGACCCCGCCCCCCCCUCCCUCCCUCCCCCCCCCUCUCGUCUGCUCCGAGGCGAUGAAGCCCACGUGGAUCCCCGUGGAGGCGGAGAAGCCGACAGGAAACUAAUCAAGACCUCCGACCAGUGGACGCCUGCUCAUGAUGAAGAUGAAGAUGAUUCCAGUGUGAACAGGACUGACUUAGUGUGAUUUAAAAGGAUUUGUUUUCUUCUUGUUUAUAAAAGAGAUUAAUUGAGAUUAACUAAAAAAAGAUAAACCUUCCAGCAUCAUUCCACCUGAGCGGGGCGGCGCCGCGUCCGAGAGCUGCUCAGCGGUUGGUCGCCGGGCGGCAGGCCCGUUCUCUCCACCAAUGAGACGCCGAGCCGAUCGAUUCUCCUUCUGGGAUGAACCCCAACGUGUCGCCGAUUAGCUCCAGAACUUAUACCACGAAUAUAAUAUAUUAUCCCACCCGCUGAUGAGCGUUGACAACGGGCCGCUAACACGCCCACCCGUAGUGUAAUUAGCCGCCGAGCCGCUAAUUGGCCGACUUAACAUUUGGCUCGUUAGCCGUCCUAGAUUUAUCAGCGUAGCUCGCGGUUAGCCGCCGUGCUAACGCUUUAAACGAAUGGCCACUGAACCCUUCGCUUCCUUUUCUCGUUCUAGUCGUUUUAGUUUCGUUGUGUUUCGUUGUAAUGCUGCGCCACACACAGCGCUCAUGUUUCCUCCGUAUUUCUGCUGUGUUGGGAUGUCCUGAUGGGGGGGUCAGAGGUCAAGAGGUCAGGGGUCAGAACCACCGAGCCGAAAGUGGUUGGAGAGACGGCGUUGGACUAUUAGUGUAGAUUUUGUUUUAUUUGUCCAAAGCUACACGACAGCAGCUCGCCGGCUCCUCUAGUCCAAUUAAAGU